AUGGAGUGGCGACCUGGGACUGCGCUGCCUUUGGACACAGGACAGCUCCAGCUGACGCGUCGGGGCAUUCCGCGCCAUGAUCAGCGAUGUUCUUCCAAGGCGCCCUCGUCCAAGUCCGGACUUAGCUCCCUGGCGGCCGCAGCAGUGGCAGCGGGGAGGCUCCGCGGCCGGCGACUGACACGCAGUGGCUCCCAUGGGUUUUCUGACGCGGCAGUGGGCGAGCUGGAUGCCUCGGAUCUUCGUCAGCUGGGACGGCCCCCAGCCUGGCUGCUGGAGGCGAAGGAUCGCAACCUCCAGCUGCUGGAUGGCUGGGAGCCAGUCUCCUCGGAGCUCACCCUGAGGGACCUCCACAUCCGCGGCCGCGUCCCAGCCCACGUGCGGGGUGGCAUCUUUCUGCGCAAUGGACCAAAUCAGGCCAUGGCUCCUGUCUCGAUGCAGGAUUACCACAUCUUCGACGGCCAUGGAAUGAUUCAUGCGGUGCACUUCUUGGGAGAGCACGAGGCGACCUAUACCCGGCGGUACGUCCGGACGCAGGCGCUUCAGUUCGAGGAGUCGCAGGGCCAAUGCCUCUACACUGGCAUGAAGAAGAUGCUUCCACAGUUCCCGACCUUCUUCUGGCUCCUGUUUGAGAAGUACUUCGGCUCCUCGGGAAGCACAGACUCCCCCUACUGGGUCAUCCAGAACCGGAAUCCGGCCAACAAUGGCUGCACCGUCCAUGCUGGGCGGGUCCUGGCGACCUGGGAGGCCGGCUGGGCCUAUGAGAUGAGACUUCCGGACCUGGAUACCUUGGGCCUCUUCUCCUUCGAGGGCUCCUGGAAGGAUGGGGCCGUCACGGACAACUGCAGCGCGCACGGCAAGCAGGACCCAGAAACCGGGCAGCUCAUCACGAUCUCCUACAACAUGAUCGAGCUGCCCCCUUGGCUGCGCGUGAUAACGGCCAGUGCAGACGGCACACUGGAGAAGACGGUCAAGGUUCCUCUACCUUCGGGGGCAGCCCUCCUGCACGACUUCGGGAUCACCAGCACCCGGGUCAUCCUGAAUGUGGGGCCCCUGAAUCUGGUGCCACUGAAGAUGGUGAGCGGGGCUCCCCCCUUCGACUUCGACUUCUCGGCGAAGUGCUACUUCGGCAUUCUCAGUCGUUCCUCAGACUCCGCAGACGAUGUCAUCUGGGUCGAGGCAGAGAACUGCUUCAACUUCCAUGUUCUGAAUGCGUACGAUGAUCCAACUGACCCCAACAGGGUCAUUGUGCACACCUUCCGACAGGACUACACUUUGGGCCUUGGCAUGGGCUCGAAGCUCAAUGAGGAGACACGGACAUCACCCCACGGCCGACCAUUGCAAGGGGACACCGCCGUGCUGCAUCGGUGGGUCCUGGACGUCCAGGAAGCAAGAGUUGUGCAGAGCAAACGCUUGCACGAGCCGCCUACUGGACCGAACAGGAGCUGGCUCUCCGACUUCGGGGCCGUGAACCCUCGCUACGUCGGCAGGCCGCACUGCUUCGGUUGGUCUUUGGGAUUUGCCUCUGAGAUCCAAGAAGGCGCUGCAGUGCCCGAGGGCUCCGUGGCACGCUUCACCAAAGUGUUGAAGCAUGAUCUCGUCACAGGUGAGCUGUUUGAACACGACCUCCGCGAAAGUGCAGGUGCGGCGGAAGCCGAGGAGGGGCGCUUCGUUUGCAAUGACCUGACUGUGGUUCCAGGAGUGGGUGGAGGCGAGGAGGACGCUUCGCUCGUACUGCUGGUGCACGACCUGGAGGAGGAGACGGCCGAGCUCAGGGUCCUGGAUGCCUCCACUCUGACUCUGCAGUGUGCUGCUGAGAUCCCGACCCGGGUUCCUUUGGGCUUUCACUGCAGCUUCGCGGCUGCUGGCUCCUUCGACCCAGCACACUGA